CAGCGCGUCCCCUCAAACGGCUCUUUCGCAUACAAAAUACCCCACGAUUCCCCCAAUCGCACAAACCCUAGCCCCACAAUCCCCAAAUCCAUCUUCCAUCUCACGCAACCCACGACAAAGAGAGAAACAGAGGAGGAUCAGAUCUGCGCGAUGGCGACGCUCCAGCACCAGAAGCAGGGGGCGGCGGGGGCGGCGGCGCCGAUGACGACGACGGGCGGCGGCGGGCUUCGUGCCAUGGACCUGUACGAGAAGCUAGAGAAGGUCGGGGAAGGCACGUACGGGAAGGUGUACAAGGCCCGGGAGAAGGCCACCGGCCGGAUCGUGGCGCUCAAGAAGACCCGCCUCCCGGAGGACGACGAGGGCGUGCCCCCCACGGCGCUCAGGGAGGUCUCCCUGCUGCGGAUGCUGUCGCAGGACCCGCACGUCGUGCGCCUGCUCGACCUCAAGCAGGGCCAGAACAAGGAGGGCCAGACCAUCCUCUACCUCGUCUUCGAGUACAUGGACACCGACCUCAAGAAGUUCAUCCGCGGCCACCGCCAGAACCACGAGAAGAUCCCCGCCCACACCGUCAAGAUCCUGAUGUACCAGCUCUGCAAGGGCGUGGCUUUCUGCCAUGGACGUGGCGUCCUGCACCGUGACCUCAAGCCGCACAACCUGCUCAUGGACCGCAAGACCAUGGCGCUGAAGAUCGCUGACCUUGGGCUCAGCCGUGCCUUCACGGUUCCUCUCAAGAAGUACACCCACGAGAUCCUGACUCUGUGGUACAGGGCUCCUGAGGUUCUUCUCGGCGCCACACACUACUCCACGCCGGUUGACAUGUGGUCCGUGGGCUGCAUAUUUGCUGAAUUGAUCACUACCCAAGCACUUUUCCCUGGAGAUUCUGAGGUGCAGCAGCUUCUGCACAUUUUCAAGUUGCUAGGCACCCCAAAUGAGGUUGUCUGGCCAGGAGUAGGCCAGCUGCCCAACUGGCAUGAGUACCCCCAGUGGAAUGUCUCCAAGUUGUCUUCUGUGAUUCCUGGUUUGGACGCCGAUGGCCUUGAUCUGCUUGAGAAAAUGUUGCAGUACGAGCCGGCAAAGCGAAUCUCUGCUAAGAAGGCCAUGGAGCACCCGUACUUCAAUGAUGUGAACAAGGAGCUCUACUGAAGCUGUUCAUCUUUGUCUCCGUGACUAACAAGAAGCGGAUAUCCUCUUACUUGCGCUUGCCCUGAAGCAUCUCUUUUGCUUCGAGCGUGUGCUUUUUUAUCUGUAUGUCCCUAGUGUGUGUCAUUCACUGUGUUUGUGAUGGACAAUGGAGUUCUGCAUAAUUAAACUCGUAUCGAUGAGUGUAGACAUGUUGUUCUUGUUUUUGGUUGUGAAACCAUCUGUUUCUCAGACAAAUGUGAGUUGUCAAAUCAUUUUUCUAUUACUUGUGGUCUUGUAUUGUACCCGGAAGGAGGGGAACUGAUUGACAUUAUCAAAUCUUCAUAGCCUCAUGCGGAUGCUGUGUUGGAUGAAUA